AUGGCAUUGGAAAGUCUAAACGAUGCCAUCUUCACUGAGAAAACAGAUGUGUGGUCAUACGAAGUGACUAUGUGGGAGGUCUUCAGUGGCGAUCAGAUUCCCUAUCCUGGAGUAGACGUCAGGACUCUUGUCAAGUUCCUACAGAGAGGAAGCCGAUUAGACGCUCCCGUUAACACUGCUUGUACUGCUGAAAUCUCAGCGGUGAUGCAGAGAUGCUGGCUGGAGGAUUCUAAAGAGAGGCCAUCCUUCACUGACCUGUCUUCAAUAAUGGACGCCAUGCUCUCCUCUGUGUCUGACUAUGCUGAACUGAACAUGGAGCUCCCUCAUAAUAGCCAAGACCCCAUAGCUCUCAGGCUUAGCAGAACUGUUAGUAUAUCCGUGCCUGCAGACACACUGUUAGUAUCCGUGCCUGCUGACACACUGUUAGUAUCCGUGCCUGCUGACACACUGUUAGCAUCCGUGCCUGCUGACACACUGUUAGCAUCCGUGCCUGCUGGCACACUGUUAGCAUCCGUGCCUGCUGGCACACUGUUAGCAUCCGUGCCUGCUGGCACACUGUUAGCAUCCGUGCCUGCUGACACACUGUUAGCAUCCGUGCCUGCUGACACACUGUUAGCAUCCGUGCCUGCUGACACACUGUUAGCAUCCGUGCCUGCUGACACACUGUUAGCAUCCGCCGUGCCUGCUGGCACACUGUUAGCAUCCGCCGUGCCUGCUGACACACUGUUAGUAUCCGUGCCUGCAGCUGUUCUCAUCUCCAACGCUACCGUGGUAUGUCCUAACAAUACGAUUAUCUUCACUUGCUCUCUGCCGGGUGACACUGUCACAUGGGAAGUGUAUACACCACCUGGGUUUGGCAUUGCUGAAAAUACAUUAAGACUAGUCGUGUCAGAAGCUCAACCAACUACAACAUCAGCUGACCUUAGAUUAGAAGGAGCUGUCACUGAUUUCAGUGGAGGAGUGAUUACAGCUACUCUAACUAGUAUAUCUCUCGGAUAUGGUGACACAGUAUAUAACAUGACAAGACACAAGUGUCUAGAUAUCCUGACUAUCACCAGGCCGAAUCGACCUUUUGCUCCUAGCAGCCUAACGUGGACAGCCGACAUUGUCCCAUCCAACUACUCCACAAUCACCCUGACUUGGGACCAUAUCCCUCAACAGAAUGCUUCUGUCAGUUAUGUCAUCACUAUCUCGACUAUCUCGCCAUCCCCUCCAUUUGGGUCACUAUUUAUUGUGGAAACCACCUUCGUAGUCAUCAAUGUUUCUUACAACGCUCAAUACAAUGUGGCAGUCAGAGCUCAAGAACCACCUAUUGCUAUCGAUGAUGUAAGAAAAGAAUUCACCACUGUGAACAGCACAGAGUUACUGCCGGAGACAGUACCUCGAUUUCCAACAACUGACCCUACAGCUCAAGUGUCUACUACCGAUGGACAUUACUCUUCCAUAUCAGAACCACCUACUGAUAUUAAAGAAUCAAGAGAAGAAUCCAUUGCAAACGAAACUUCUACUGGCAGAGGAACAGCUUCCACUGCUGGGAGAAGUGUUGAAGAGGUUUCAAGUGCUAUAGCCAAUGCUUGGUCACUGAUACUUGGUAAUGUGAUGAAGCUGCCUGGUCUACCAGAAUCUCUAAAGAUACCAGGAUCUCAGCUGAAACUGAGCAGUGAUCCCAUUGGACAAGGGGAAACUGGAAUGGUGUACAAAGGUUUACUGAUGAACUGGAAAGAGAAGCCAUUGCAAGCUGUGGCCGUGAAGACAUUGAAAGGUAGCGACAUUCUUAUGCAACCAGCUAUAUAA